AUGAGUUCAAAAGUCAAGUCUGAAAAGACAAAAGUGAAGUUUGCUCAGUCAAAUAUUAAUCAUGUUUACAAAGGAAAUACUACAGAACCUCAACAUAAACCAACUGUGCGACAAUAUGGGAUGCAAGUUGUUGGAAAGUUGCAGGGAACGCGCCGAUUACCCCCACCAGCUUGGGUCCCCAGUAUCAAGGCUGAAACAGGCGGUCUGGACAGUCGAGUUUCUCUUGUUCCCGCGGGUGGGGGUGGGUGGGGCGCUCCCUCGACUUCCAGUGCUGACCAGCCACCUGCAUCAUCCACGGCAACUGACAGCCUUCCAAUUGUUUCUACCUUACCCUCCGUGAAUGGUGCGCUGUAUAGUGAAACAGUCGGAAAUUCUCUCGAACCAGCAUAUACAAAGUUCGUUUAUGGUAACUCAGAUAUGGGGGUAACGGGUGUAUCAACACUGAAAGAUACUUCAGUCGGUGUGAACGGCUCUGUUAAGACAGAUAAAACUCAAGAUCCAGUAAAAGAUAAAGUAUCCAGUCAACCGCUGAAACUACCGAGUGAUAAGCCAGGAUCUAGCGGAGGAUUGGCAGCUAACAAACCAUUCUUCCAGAGACCAACUCCGAUUGUAACCACUUCUAGUACUACAACUACGACAUCUAAAUCUGAAAUUCCUACCAAGGUUGAUGGGGGCGCUCGCGAAAUAGUUGGGGAACCUUCUGGCUGGGUUGCUAUUGGCCAAGAUGAACCUGACUUCGAUGAACGCAUAAUUUUUAGUGAUGAUGAAGAGUAUGAAGUAAAAUCCAUCAGAUCGACCACAACGACAAACAUAUCAGAACAACCUGCACAGUUUUCGAUCUCACCUCCUAAUACUGUUAAGACCAGUUUGCAUGCUAUGCCUAUGAAACCCUUUGUCAACCCGUCGACUAAUUUACAAGGAGCUUGCGUCAUCCAGUCACAAUCGACGGUAUCUCAAAAUAUGUACGGCUCUAAUUUAAUGACAUCAAACGCUUGGUCCGCUGCGGAUGUUUCAUACACUCGAAACUGUUCAGUCAGCCACCCUGGACCUCCACCAAUUAAUCUUCCUUACAGCAUUGCGUCGAUAAAUACUUGUGGGAUUACUUCUGAUGCUAACCGUUCAUUACCAAGUGGACAGUUUAUGAACCAUGUUACAUCUCCAGGCGUUAUAGAUUCGUUCUACUCUACACAUCCACUUCAGAGUCGUUUGGCGGUGUCGAUUGCAAGUGGCAUUACUGACUCUGUAAGGUCAGCAACCGAUGUAGAUGCCGAAUUACAACAGGCUCAGAGGCAAGCACGAACCCAAGAAUUUAAAAAUGCAGUUGAAAGAGCUCAACAGGCAAGAGCACGACAAAAGCUUUCUGAAAGCUGUUCAACUGAAAGUGAUAACAUGUUACCUAAGUCGGCUCUGGGUCUCUUGCCCAGCAUGUCAGAAAACAGAUCACUUCCAUCUGUUCCCACGCCUUUCACGACUACGGCAUGCCAAGCUGGUCCUAAUUGCUUGUUCCCAGUGGGGGACCAUUCAUCUGUUAAUCAUAUGCUUAGCGCUCCUCCUCAUAAUAUGCUUCCUGCGUUUCCAACAUCAGGACCUCUAGAUAUAACAGCCGCAAUUGCCGCUGCGACUGCUGCUGCCAUAGCGUACACAGGUGGAGCAGACAGUGGGGUCCCAGAAAGAAGUAGAAUUGAAAUGCCUCUUAGUGUUUCCUCAAUUAUUUCUCAGACACAGGUGCCAAUGCCUGUUAGUUCAAACACAGCAACUGCUGGCACAUGGCAAUCUCAGUUUGGUUCUAACAAUUCAAUGCCUGCCGCUAUGGUCCGAUUGCUUUCUCAGCAGCCUCUUAUGGCACAGUUACUACAGAAUGCUCUUAAAAUGUCUGCGGGUAAUUCUCAAGUACCUAAAUCUGCUCAGAAUUCACAAGGUGUGUUUUUAAAUCCAGACUUCUCUGUUGAACGUUUCCUCGAGAUUUUCAAUCAGUCACAGAUGAAUUGGCCUCAAGGGCCCCCUAUUAGUUCACCCAAGAAUACGAUCUCUUCAGAAUCUAAUGCUCAGGUCGCGAUAUCUACCCUGCGACAUGAUCAGUCUUCUACUAGUACUGUGGAUUCAUGUCUACGAAACCAGUAUGCAUCUACAGCCCCAGUUUCAGGUAAUCCUGACGAUACUGUCGGUACACAAAACGUUAAAGAGUCGGAUGGAUCAUGCGAAAAAACUCAUCGAGUUCACAGGGUUUCACAAUCAUCCAGCAGAUCGGAUGUUACUGUAGUUACUACCAGCUCGACUGUAACAAGUAGUAAUUCUCCUAGUCAACGAACCACUCGUGUUCCUGGCUUGAUGGAUAUUAAAGUAUCAUGCGCAUCAUCUCAACACUUGGCUCAUCUCUGGGACAAGGAAGAUCACUUACUGGAUCCAGUAAGCCGUGGUUCUCGGGGUCGUGGAAAGAGCUUGAUGUCAUACAAGCCUCAGAGAGGAAGUGCUAAGGGUCGUGGAACCACCAAAAACCAUCUUUUCGAAGCUGUGACAAGUGACUUCAAAUCUAUGAAUCUUCGCAAACCAUGUGAUCCACAAUAUUCUGCAGAUGACUAUGAUGUAUCACAUCGUUCACACAGUGUUUCAAAGUCGUCGAAAUCCUGGCGUUCGAAACCGUCACGCAGCGUUGAUGAUUCAGUUAUAGAUGCCUAUAAUAUGAAUUCACGGGUCAAAUCUGGAUUGACUGAUGACGAACAUAUGAGAUACAGAAAGCAGGUUCGAAAUAUAACAGACGAUGGUUGUUGGACGCGUACAGAUCUGAACAAUAAUAGUUCACCUUCUGUGUUGUCUAGCGAAAGUGAGAGUAAUGGAUGCGGUAUCCUUAGUGACGUUCAAGAAGGUGAUGGUACUGAAGAUGACAAGAGUUAUAACCGAUUCCAUAACCAGUCUGGGAAAAAAAGGAGUCAGCACCCAAGUAAAUUCUCACAUCCAAAUCAAGCUGGAGUGUCUGAUAAUAACGAUAGAAAUAAAAAUCUCAGUACAUCAUACAACAGACGAGGUCGACGUGGUCGUGUCGGGACAAAUAGUCAUUUUACAAGUUCCAGGAGUUAUACUACAGAUGAUUUCUCUUCAUACUCGAGACGUUAUUCAAAAGGUUCUGAACAAGACUAUUAUUGGCGUCAACAUUAUGGUUCUGGGUCCAGAGGAGUUCGUACAGGUCAUUCUGUCGGAUUGAGCAUUGAUCAGCGCAAGAAUCAUAGUAACGAUGAUAUCCUUUACAGACCAUCUGAGCGUCAAGCCUCUCGAAGUAUUACUUCUGGCAGCUUUACUGGAUAUUUUGGUGGUCGAAUGACUCGUUCAUACGCACAAUAUGAAUCAUCUCGUGAUCAGAACAAGGAUUUAGAUAGUCAAUAUUACGGUACAAAUGGUCGUCAGAUGAGACCACAAAAGAUGUAUUACAGUCAUAAGGGACAGUUUUCAAGUACCACUGAUUUUUCUCAUGAGUAUGUUGCUAGUGACAACGAUGAAAAUAAGUCUCACAGUCGAUCAACUAAUUACCCUGAUAGUAAAGCGAAGAAAAACCCAACAAAUGCUACCACAAACUCUGAGUUAAACACUCAGCCACAUAUUGAUACUGAACAGGUAACUAAACUGAUAUUGGAUAGUACUAAUAAUCGGACAGAAGGUAUAGAUGAUCCUGAAGUUCCCACCGUUCGUGUCCCCGCUUCAGAUUCAGUUAUUAUGAACUCACAGUACUCUAAAACGCGUACUAAUCGUUUUGCCACCCACAAAGUUUUAGGGACAUCCAAACGCAUAAGUAGUCGUGCUGGUCAAAAUCAUCAAUCAAAACGUCUUAACGGCUCUGUUAUUCAUACCACUCGUCGCUAUCGAGAAAUGCGGGAUCGAUACAAUGAUGAAAAAGAUGGUGAUGGAGGUGCUGCUGCUGGCGGUGUAGGCCGGUCUGGAACAUCUAGUGGUGUAUCUGCUUCCAUUAUUUUUAAGACUGGAACUGGUGGAAAUAGUAAUUCUCGUGGUGGCAAUCAAUGUAGUGGUAAUGGUGGUCAUACUGAUUCUGCUGUCGAUUUCGUUGAUCAAGGAAAGCAAAGCAACAAUAGUGAAGUUGUUUCAAAUACUGCUAACGAUCCGCUUGAUGAAAAUAAUGUGAACUCACGGUCUCUUAUGCGGCGGCGACAAGCGGUUGGUACCAGUUCAAGAUCUGCUGCUGGUGGGAUUGCUUUACAAACAGAAUUUUCUAAAGUCUCUUCUUCCCCAUCAGUUAUUAGUGGAACUGUCCAGAAAAAUGAAAAGUCACAAUUAUCAGGUGGAAGUUCCACAAACCAACAUAGCGCUUACCGUAGUACCACACGUGCCUCUCGAUGUGGAACCACUUUUUACCACAAAAGAAAUGAUAUAUCCUCAAUACCUCCUUUAAUGUCUAUUAAGCCUCAUGUCUCAUUUCCCGAAAAUUCUUAUGCUUUGGAUUCCUUGUCUACAUGGACUAGUCGUGCAGAGCGAAAAAAGAAACAGUCUUCAAGGAUGAUUCCGAUAAGUUCUCGCAAUCAGCAAGUAUUUGCACGUCGACGAAUGCAGCAAGAAGUUUCAGUUUCUGGUGUCUUGAACACAAGAAAGUCAAAUAUAUCCUCUAGAAAUGUUGGUAAUGUAAGCCAAGUAUAUUCUAGAGAGGGUUCAACUUUAACUACCACUCUUUCACAAAACUAUGUACAUACAAGUGACCAUAAAAGUCAAUCAAGUGGGCUGUUAAGAAGUUUGUCGGGUAAAAAGAAGUCUCUCCCAACUAAAGUAAGUUUUAUGGGUCCACCAUUAUGUUUAGACGCAACUUCAUCACUAUGCACCGUUACAACUUCUGUUUUGUCUGGUCAAACUAACCAACCAGUUCUUUGUAGUAGCAGUUUGUCAUCAACACCUACAUCAUCUGUGCUGCAGAAGAUCUCUUUUUCAACUACUCGUACAUGGUCAAAAGUUGUUGGGACAAAGUUUGCGAAAUCUCCACCUGAAAACCAUGGUGACUCUACAAAAACAUCGUCAGUUUUACUCAAUUCAAAUUCAGUCUGGCAAUCAGAACAUUCAAACCACGUAAUUACUGAGGAAUCCAAUGAAGACAAAAAGUUAUUAGACAACACAGCCGCUACAACAACCAGUAACACGGAUUCAGUGGUGAACUCCUCUUAUGCUUCCAUGCAAUCGUUAUGGUCGAUAGGUGAUAGCAUACCUCAAGCUAACAAAAAUCAUUCAAAUAAUAAUACUUUGCUCUUGGCUAGUAGUACAGUUCAGAGUACGGUUGUUCCUACUGCUGGUCCGCUAUGUACUGUUAGUCCUUCAACUACAUUGUCAUCUCAAAUUUCUAAUAACAUUUGUAAGGUCAAACCUCAACAACAACAGCUUCUUCAGGUUACUUCCAUCUCGCCUCUUGUUUCGACUUCUAUGCACUUGAAUCUUCUUAGCCCAUCUAAUAAUAAUAUUAUUGAGAAUAUCUCCACUGCAGAUUUGAUAGGGGAAACAGAAAGAUCUGACUUCGAAUGCUGUGGUGACAUUGGACGCUCUAAUGCCCUUUUAAGACCGCAUAUCUCAGAUUUAACAACUUUAUCCAGUAAUUCUUUUCAGUCUUGGUCUUCCUCAAAUGCUCUAUAUACACCAUUCUCUUUAUCUAAUGUUCCUAUAAAUCGUCAUGAAAGCAACAUGUUUUCCGGUAACGUUUGGCCUACAGCUGAUCAAAGUAUGGAUGUGAAUAUUAAUUGCAUGACAGGUUCGUAUAAUGCUAAUUCUAAUCAACCACACUUUCAAAAUCAAAUGAGUUCUAAUAUUCUUUCAAAUGUUUUAACUCACAAUAAUACCGUCCCAUCAUUGGAUAGUAUGACUAAGCAGUCGAAUAUGUCUAUCACACCUAGGCAACAGCACAUACAGUCUUAUCAAAACUCAAUAUUGACACCCGCAGAUAGAGUAAACAUAUACUCCAGUGGUCCAUAUGGAAAUAACUCUGCAGAAUUAGGAAAAUUAUCAAACAACAUAUGUGUUCCGUCUCAACAAAUGAAUUUUGUAUCUGCAGCGCCUUCAUUAUAUGUCCAUCCACAGUCAACUGCAAUUCAGCCGGCACCUUCUCGUUCUUUUCACCAUUCCUUGUCAAUUCCGAUUCAGUCACAAAUGAGCCAAGCUCGGAAAUGCAGACAACAGGUACCACAUCAAAUGGAUCCAUCCACAUUCACUGCUGGGUAUUCGAGUUUUCCCACGGACGUAAAAAAUGAAUACAAUUUCCCUCCGUCUAUUGCUGGUUGUAUUCCACCGCCUCCUUCUGUUGGCUUGUAUUCAGCCAUUCAUCAGUCUAAUUACCCACAGAAUUCAGGAAGACAUGCAAUCGGAUUUCCGACGACUGUAAAUUCGUAUUCUCUUCUUGGAAACCCUUCUGCUACUUCUAACCUUCAAGCCGCUGGACAACCAUUCGCCCCAGCGAUCGGACCAGCUCCUGGAAACGGUGGAGGUUUAUUACCUCACCCUGUUCCUCAGGGUGGAUACAACAAUACACCUUGUCAUUUCCCGACGCCCAUCACUUCAAAUUCUGUCUCAAAUUAUGCCAAUGCUCCUAACUAUUCACCCUCAGCGCAAGGACAACAGUCCUUUCAGUUGCCAUCCAGUUUUUAUCCGUCGAUUUCACCAUCGCAUCAACGCGUAUCACUUCAGCAGUUUGGAGGUACUUCUCGUGCAGCAAUCACUGGACCAAUUAAUCCGCAAAAUGGACUUUAUGGUCCACCAUUCGGUGGGGCUUCUCAUCCACCAAAUCAAGCCACUCCACCUCCUAUCGGACAUCAGUUGAAUCCUAUAGGUUUUUAUAGUAAUCCGUUCCAAUAUCCAUCUCGUCCAGACGGACUUCACUGA